UGAUUGGUUAUAAAAUGUGUGAUUAUGGCCAUAUAUAUUACAGCCAGACAAGACUUCUGUUUUCUAGUUAUACACAGUCCAGCCCAGGUGGUGGCGGUAUGGCCCUUGUUACAUGUUUUAGCUUUGCCAUUAGUAGGCUGGCUGGCUGGAACACGACUAUACAGGGUUAGCUUGCUUGCAAACAGAGAGAGCCAACAGUCGGGUUGCAAGAUGGCUAACGUUACGCUUCAGUCGUUUAACGUCUUUCUGACGGAAAGAUUAACAGCAGCUGCGGUAGACAUCUAUGGAUUCGUUGAGAAGACAAUAAUAGACUACCAGGAGGAGGUGUACCAAACUAAACUGGAGAACCAGAGGUUGCAGCGGCUGCUGGAUUUGGUCUACAAACCAGAGAUAAGACUGCACAGGGCAGAUGCCAAACCGCCAACUGCACCUACAUCCGCCGAGGAGAUUCCCCCUAAACAGCAGGAUUGGAACCCGGGUGCGUGCCAAGACGAGCCAGGACCCUCCCAGGUUAAAGUGGAGGAGGAUGAACAGGAGGAGGAACUGUGGAUCAACGGCGUGGAUGAGCAACCUUCAGCGGAGGACAGCGAUGACGGGGACGCCUUGACGAAAGAACUCAUCCGAACAGUGCAGCAGUUGGAAGACUGUAGAGCAGCAGAGGAGAGCACAGAGCCGAAGCAAAGCCCUGCGGAGGAUCCAGAGCACUCGGAAGAGAAGACGAGUACCACCUUAUAUCGCUGCCACAUAUGCAACUACAUAUUCACCAAAAAAACUGUGCUUACAUGGCACCUAAAGACACACGAGAGCAAGUCAAAUGACAGCAAGGGGAACUUUGACUGUCACAUAUGUGGCAAACAGAUACCCUGUCAGAGCAAUCUGCAGAACCACAUGAGAGUGCACACGGGAGAGAGACCCUACAGCUGCCAUUUCUGUGGCAAGUGUUUUAAACUGAAAGGACACAUGACAGAACACAUAAGGACUCACACAGGAGAGAAGCCUUUCAGCUGUCACAUCUGUGACAAAUCUUUUAACAGGGGUUCAACUCUGAGGAAACACGUUUUUGCCAAACAUAAAGAGGAGAGACCGUACAAAUGUGGGGAUUGUGAUGAGUUAUUUACCGAAAGGUUGCUCAUGAAGAAGCACAUGCGAAAAGUUCACGGAGUCAAACUUUCCACGAGUCAAAGUCCUGCCUAGAAAUUCAGGACAGACGUCAUAUUAAUGAAGUUAAAUUUUGCUUACAAGAUUUUAUAGUUUAGCACAACAAGCCAAACUUCUCAAAUGUUGAAUGUUGUCUAACAUAAAUAGCCAUACAAAAACUUUGAAAUGAUGUUGAGUGAUAUGGUAAACUAGUCAUUUUAAAUCAGGAACUUUCUGAUCAAAAAACAAUUCUUAAUCUAUUUGAUUCCAACUUCCAACGGCUUUCCACACAAUACUACAGAACAGUACACAAAAUGAGGUUCAAUAACCUGCCCUGUAGAGACUAAAGAGAGAUUAAAGUGCUCAUAUUAUGCUCCUUUUCAGGUUCAUAAUUGUA